AUGUUUUCAAGGCACAUUUCCUCAAAAUCUGGCUAUCGCAUGUUGCAAGUAAUGAGGUUUGCUGUUGAGGAGAUUAAUAACUCCCCCACUCUUCUGCCCAAUGUUUCUCUGGGCUACGAAAUUUUUGACUAUUGUUCUAAUACAAAGAAUGUAAACUCAGCCUUACGUAUAAUCUCAAAGAAUGGCUCAAUAAAACCUAAAGAAAAACUCAACAACUAUCAGCCUAAGGUGAUUGCUUUAACAGGACCAUAUGGAAGCACAAGAACUAUGAAUAUUGCACCACUGUUCACAAUGGACCUUAUACCAAUGGUUAAUUUUGGAGCUACUAGCUAUGCAUUAAGCAAUAAACUUAAUUAUCCUUCUUUUGUAAGGACAGUCCCUAGCAACAAAGACAUGAUAGAGAUGAUUAUUCACAUCAUACAGUGGUUUGGAUGGAACUGGGUUGCCUUUCUUGGUAGCCAAGACGAUUACAGUUCAGAUGGACUAAAGCUGUUUAAUGAGUAUAUAAGCAAUACUGGUAUUUGUUUGGCCUAUCAAGAGCGUCUAAGUCUAAAUGCAAACUACAGUCUAACGCUUAAAAAGAUUGAUAGGCUCAACAUCAAUGUCAUUGUUAUUUUCGCUGUGCCACAAUAUGCAAGCAAAUUUAUCAAAGCAGCUAUAGCAAACAACAUCCAAGACAAAGUAUGGAUUGCAAGUCAUACAUGGGCUCUGAAUCAACAGCUUCCAAGAGAGCCAGGAAUUGAGAAAAUUGGCACAAUCAUUGGCAUUACAGAGAGACUGUUGUCAUUGCCCGGAUUUAAUGAAUUUGUCUAUAAAGCCAGAGGAACAACUGAUGUUGGUCAUAAUGAUGCUGAGGCUGAAGUCAAAAGUAAGACAUGUAAUCAAGUUUGUCAUUACUGCUCAUUGCUGACUGCAGAGGAGAUUAUAAAUGAGAAUCCCUCACUCUCCUUUGGCAUCUAUGCUUCCAUAUAUACGAUAGCUCAUGCAUUACAUAAAGUACUGCAGUGUGACAUCAAUGAAUGCCAGAAAAAAACAAUGGCUAAGCCAUAUAUGCUUCUGGGAGAGAUAAAGAAACUAGAUUUUAUACUCAAUGGCCGUCAGGUGAAAUAUGAUGACAAUUAUGAUACAUCCAUCAGUUAUAAAGUUGUGCUCUGGCGCACUGGUGUGAAUCCACAGUUUGAGAUGGUGGGCACAUAUGAUAAACAUCCAGAAAUUGUUCUUACCAUUGACAACUCUCUCCUGCCCUGGCAUAACAAUGGUUCUGUUCCCUUCUCAAACUGCUCUGUUGAAUGUAAGGUGGGACAUUCAAGACAAACUGAAGGUUUUCAUAGUUGCUGUUUUACGUGUAAAAAAUGCACGCCUAACACCUAUGUGGAUUUUUCUCUGGAGGCCAGUGCCGAUCUAGAACCUGAUGUUAUACCUCCUGAGAUAGGUAUAGAAAAUGAAGCUGGACCCUGGAGUGUCAACUUAGUGGGCAGUCUAGUAGCUAGUGGUCCUGCCUCUGAAGGUGAUACUUUUCAGCUCAAGCUGCAAGCAUUGUUGCAGCAGGAGGGUAAAUCUAUGGAUGAAGUGAGGGCCCUGAUUGUGGAAAAGCAGUCUCCCAAAUCAGAUAUCAGUGUUGACCUUGUUGAUGCCAUAGGUAAAUUGGUAGAUCGGUGCAACCAAGUUUCCAGUGAUGGUCCUGCCUACAGAAAGCUGAGGUUGUUUUCAGGGCUGAAACCUGUCCCUCCAGGUGAAGAAGAGUAUGAAAUCUGGAUGGAGCAGGCCGCUCAAAUGAUAAGUGAAUGGCAGUGCACCGAAGCUGCAAAGAAACAACGCAUCGUUGAGAGUUUACGAGGUCCUGCUGCUGAUAUUGUCAGGUUUUUAAAAGUGAGUAAUCCUUCUGCAAAUGCAAAUGAGUAUUUAGCUGCCCUUGAGACUGCAUAUGGAACUACUGAGAGCGGGCCUGACCUUAUGGCUAGAUUUCGUCACACCUACCAGGAAAAUGGAGAGAAACUUUCAGCUUUCUUGUAUCGCCUAGAUAAACUUCUCCACAGAGCCUUGUUGAAAGGUGGGAUUGAUGCUGGUGGCAUAAAUAGAGCCAGAAUGGAGCAGUUAAUUAAAGGAGCCCUUACCAAUGAUAUGGUUGCCUUGCGAAUCAGAAUGACUCACACUUUACAGAGUCCUCCUUCUUUUUCACAGUUGAUGAAAGAAAUACGUGAAGAAGAACACUGGGUAGCUGCAAGGGAAAAUGUUAAAGCAUCUGUGGCCACUGUCGUCUCUCCCCAGGCAUAUGCGCCAUCUGAAUUACAAAACCUGAAGAAGGAGGUUAAAGAGCUGUCUACACAGGUGAGUCAACUGUUGAAGGUGGCGACUGUGCCUUGUGGUUCUGAUCCUGCUCCUCAGAAAACAUCCAUCAAAAACUCUGAGACUGUGCACCGAGACAACUCUCAAAACGCUAAACCCAUUCAGCAACCAGUGCCUGUGAUCUUUUGCUACAAAUGUGGUGAAGACGGACAUAAGAAGUGGGAGUGCAAGGCACCUGAGGACCUCAGAAAAGUGAAUCAGAAGCUGAUGAAGAUGCAGCGCCUGCAGGGAAACUGGGCAGGAGCUCAGUGA